CUUUCGUUCUUUCACCCCGCCAUCUUCUAGUCGGCUUCCUCGUUGUGUUUACGCGGCAUCGAUUUCGUCUAGCAAGCUUUGAAAUAUAUCAUCGGCAUGGCUGACGCCACGCAAUACGGGAGUUACGGCAACACCCAACCUGCGGCAGCUGGGUAUGGCUCCUAUGGAAGUUAUGGAAGUGUGGAUCAAAACUACUCACAGGCCAGCUACACUCAGCCUGCCUCCACAGGAUAUGGGCAGCAACAGCCAGCACCUGCGCAACCACAGCAACAGCCCAUGUGGGGCGCUGCUUCUAAUGUAGCUGCCACCCCAGCUGCAACGACCUAUGGACAGGACCAGUAUGGGCAACAAAGCCAGUCGUACAGUAGCUAUCAGCAGCCCAAUUCUUAUUCACAGGGCCAGAGUGCAACGUACGGAGGGUAUGGAGCUCAGCCAGCUCAGGCACCUCCUCCUGCUGCUGCCAGUAACACGGCCGCAUACCCUCCCGCCGCCAGCACAGGCUACGGGGCACAAGCACAACCAGCUCCAGCGGCAGGCUAUGGGGCACAGCAGCCAGCGCCUCAAGGUGCAUAUGGAGCGGCAGCUGGAUAUGGAGCUCCACAGCCAACACCCCAGCAGCCACAGCAGCCUCAACAACCGGGUACCCACCAGUAUGGAAGCGCUGGUGCGACCCCAUAUGGCUCGGGCUACGGUGCUGCGGCCGGUGCAGCCCCAUAUGGGCAGGCCCAGGGGCCCCCGGGACAAGUGGGUGGGCCGCCACAGCCAGCUGGUGCUUACGGGGGUCCGGGUGGUCCACCCCAGCCCCCUCAGCCGGGUGCACCCGCGGGGCCCCCAAGUAGUUAUGGGGGAGGGGACUUUGGACGGGGUGGAGGAGGGCCCCCAGGGGGCAUGGCUGGACCGCAUGGAGGUCCACCUGGGCCGCCCGCGGGAGGCGCAGCAGGAGGCGGCGGCUACGGCGGACCUCCACCUGGAGGUUAUGGGGGUCCUGGUGGUGGAUUUGGCGGUGGCCAAGGUGGGCCAGGCAUGUAUGGCGAUCGGGGAGGCAGAGGUGGCUUCAAUAAUCAAGGUGGUCCCGGUGGCAGGGGAAGUUACAACAAAGGACCUUCCGAGGAGAUGGCAGACACCAUAUUUGUCUCCAACUUGCCAGAGGAUGUUGGAGAGAUUCAGCUGGCUGAGCAUUUUGGUGCCAUUGGUUUGAUCAAGAUUGAUAAGAAGACUGGGAAGAACAAGAUUUGGAUCUACAAGGACAAGAUUACUGGUAAAGGCAAGGGAGAGGCGACCAUUACUUAUGAUGAUCCUCCGACUGCCAACUCUGCCAUCACUUGGUUUCAUGGCAAAGAGUUCAUGGGUGGCAAGAUCAAUGUGGAGCUAGCCCAGCGCAAGACUCCAUUUGGUGGCUUUGGUGGUGGCAUGGGUGGCCGUGGAGGGCCCCGUGGUGGAAGGGGAGGUCCCCGAGGAGGCGGCGGCCCUGGAGGAGGUCGUGGGGGUGGUCCCGAUAAUGGCAUGGGUGGCCGCGACGGAGACUGGAAGUGCCCGAACCCGGCAUGUGGCAACAACAACUUUUCCUGGCGUGUUCAGUGCAACAGGUGUUCAGCACCACGUGAUGGUCCUGGUGGGCCAGGAGGUCCCGACAAUGGGCCGCCAGGCAUGCGAGGUGGCAUGAGAGGUGGACCCCGUGGGGGUAGGGGUGGUGACCGAGGUGGCCGUGGAGGCGGACCACCCAUGGGUGGACGAGGGGGUGGACCGCCCAUGGGCGGAGGUGGCCCACCAAUGGGAGGCCGUGGUGGCGGCUUCGGGCCAGGUCGUGGAGGCCCCGGACGUGGCGGACCCAUGCGAGGUGGACCUGGCGGAGACAGAGGUGACAGAAGAGCGCGACCAUACUAGAAGUGGCCUGUGGAGUUCGUUUGACCCUUUAUUGGCCGCAUUUGUUGCUAUUGUGUUUGUUGAUCUGUAUCAAAUUCUUGCAUCCUGUCCAUUGACAUCAUUGCAUGCUCUCAUGAAAAAAACUGUUUUAGUUAUACCAUCUUUCAUGCCAAUACAUAUUUUCCAUUGACUGUCUCAUGAUGUGCACCAUUCCAUGCUGGUUGGUUGGUCAGUCUUUUUGAAAAUGCAUUUGCUUAGCACCUUACAUAAUUUGUGUAUAGUAUAACAGUUGUGUGCACAGUAAAUAAAGCUCUUUUGUUCGUUGAA